AUGCUUCGGCUUCCCAAUGAACUUAUCUCACGCAUCGCUGACUUCUCGCAGGAUAAAGAUCUUCUGUCCAUACGCCUUACCUGCAAACAUCUGGAGCAAAUCACAAGCAAGCACUUCAUCGCUGCAUUCAUCACGGAACCUCACUUCCAUGCCUCCCUUGCCUGUGUCCAGCGACUCGAGGAGCUAAUCACGCAUCCUAAGCUUGAGUGUAGAGCACUCCUGGCCAAAAUCUUCGCCAAGAUCUCUUGCCUGAGGCGUGACUUCCAAUUUGGUGUCGUUUGCCACCAUCCUAUAUCUGACCAGAGUUCCGAACCUGCGAUACGAGCUGCAGACUUCGCCAGACUGAUGUUCGAUGCAAGGCCGCCUGGAUUGCCUUCUGCGACCUUGAAUAUCGACCUUCGACAACUGCCGGACACUGACAUUGAUUACAUUCUCCAAUCGCACUUGUUGUUCUUACCAGGGGCUCUGUUCCAACGUGGUGCUCCUGGUGUAGACCGCAAUACCAUCACCGAGAAUGGUACCCGCUUCAAGCUUGACGGCCUAGAGCAUGGUUUCUAUACAAACUGCUGUAUGGAUUACUGGUUAAGCAAGUUACCGGUCCAGAACAUGCAUAUCGUCAACUGCGAGUUCUCGGUCCGCUCCUUGGCACUUCUGCUCGGGAACGUCAGGAGCUCACCCUGGCAUCUUGAACUUAAGGACUGCCACUUCAACGACGGAAGCUCAUGGACAAAAGACAAAUCACGUGAUUUUGAAGCUGCCAGCCCUUAUGAAAUUCGCGAACGUCUCAACACCGUCAGAUUUGCCGAGCAACCCGACUCAGACGAGGAAGGAGACUGA